CUCUCUCUCUCUCUCUCUCUGCGCUUGCAGGGGAUAAUGCGAAAAUGUCAAAUUCAACAACUCCACAAGACGUAGAGCUUCUGAAAUCCGAUAUUGCUUCAUUUGCUUCCUCUCUCGGCUUCUCCACCCAUGCUGCCCUUCCUUACUCGGGCUUCAACGAUGUCGAUUUUCGCAAAACGGGUCCCCUUAAACGUCCAAAGCCCCCCAGAACCCCAAACAUUAAGAACCAAAGUUCACAACCUGAGAAGAAACCCAACAAUACCCAAAUCCCAAAAACUGAUAGCACCAGAAACAACCAAAGACCGAAGCCCAAGCCUCCAGUUUUGUCAUUGGAAGACACCAAUAAGAAUAAUAGGUUUUUAAAAGAACAUGAUAAGUUUAAGAAUUUGCCAGCUUUGCCUUUGGUGAAACCGAGCGCUUUGAGUGCAUGGUACGAGGAUGAGUUGGAGUUGGAGAAGAAAGUGCUUGGAGGAGAAGGGAAGGGUAAGAAGGCUGUGGAAGUUAGAAACGUGGAGGAGUGGAAGAGACUGGUGGAGAAAAAAAGGGAACUUGGGGAGAGAUUGAUGUGGCAAUACACGAAAGAUUAUGAGUUAUCAAAAGGGAAGUCUGGGGAUAUGAAGAUGGUAAUGGCCAGUCAGAGAUCAGGGACGGCUGCUGAUAAGGUUUCUGCCUUUUCGUUCAUGGUUGCGGAUAAUCCUGUUGCCAAUUUGAAGUCGCUUGAUGGGCUUUUGGGGUUAGUGACAUCAAAAGUAGGAAAGCGCUAUGCAUUUACGGGAUUUGAAGCAUUAAAAGAACUUUUUAUUUCAAAGUUAUUGCCUGAUCGAAAGCUGAAAACACUUCUACAGCAUCCUGUUAAUGAGCUUCCAGAGACUAAAGAUGGUCAUUCCCUUCUACUUUUCUGGUAUUGGGAGGAUUGCUUGAAGCAAAGGUAUGAACGUUUUGUUAUUGCAGUUGAGGAGGCAUCAAGAGAUAUGUUACCUGCUCUGAAAGACAAGGCACUGAAGACCAUGUAUGUACUGCUAAAGAGCAAAUCAGAGCAAGAACGCAAGCUGCUAUCUUCGCUAGUUAACAAACUUGGGGAUCCUCAAAAUAAGGGGGCAUCAAAUGCUGAUUUUUAUUUAUCAAACCUUCUCUCUGAUCACCCUAAUAUGAAGGCUGUGGUUAUUGACGAAGUGGAUACUUUUCUUUUUCGGCCUCAUUUAGGACUACGAGCAAAGUACCAUGCUAUCAAUUUUUUGAGCCAAAUUCGUUUGAGCCAAAAAGGAGAUGGACCAAAGGUGGCAAAACGUUUGAUAGAUGUAUACUUUGCACUUUUUAAGGUGCUGAUUACCGAGGCAGGUAGAAGUGAGCAGCUGGAUAACAAAAGCAAGAAAGCAGUAAAAAUUUCUCCUAGUUCUAGGGAGAACAAACUAAAAGGUAGUGGAGAAUCUCAUGUUGAAUUGGAUUCAAGACUUCUGUCAGUUCUCCUAACGGGAAUUAAUAGAGCAUUUCCUUAUGUUUCAAGCAAUGAAGCUGAUGACAUAAUUGAUAUGCAAACACCAAUGCUCUUCCAACUGGUUCAUUCCAAAAAUUUCAAUGUAGGCAUUCAAGCAUUAAUGCUUCUUGAUAAAAUCUCAUCUAAGAAUCAGGUUGUCAGUGAUCGAUUUUACAGGGCCUUGUACUCAAAACUCUUACUUCCUGCUUCUAUGAAUUCCUCUAAGGCAGAAAUGUUUAUUGGACUUCUUCUGAGAGCCAUGAAAUGUGAUGUCAAUUUGAAGCGUGUGUCUGCCUUUUCGAAACGUGUAUUGCAGGUUGCACUUCAACAACCACCCCAAUAUGCUUGUGGUUGCCUUUUUCUUAUCUCAGAAGUUCUCAAAGCAAGGCCACAGUUAUGGAAUAUGGUGCUCCAGAAUGAGUCAGUUGAUGAAGAUCUUGAACAUUUUGAAGAUAUUGUAGAGGAAACUGACACUGGACCUACCUGUGCAUCAAAGAAAGAAGAAAAUAGUGCUGAUGUUCAUGGUGGUGAAGGUGCCAACUCUGAUAGUAAUUGUUCAGAAGAUGAAGAUGUCUUGCCAACCAAUUAUUCUGAUGAUGAUGGUUCUGAUGAUGCGGAUGAGUUGUUUAUAAGAGAGAGUCCAAAUGAUCCUCAGAAACCCAAAAUGAUAUCUAAUCAAAAAGUGCUAAAACCUCAAGUAUCCUCUACUCAGUCUUUCUUGCCUGGAGGAUACAAUCCAAGGCACAGGGAACCUUCUUACAGCGAUGCAGAUCGUGCAAGCUGGUGGGAGCUGAUGGUACUUUCAACACAUGUUCACCCCUCAGUUGCCACCAUGGCUGCGACUCUUCUUUCUGGGGCCAAUAUCGUUUACAAUGGAAAUCCAUUGAAUGACCUAUCACUUACCGCUUUUCUAGACAAGUUUAUGGAGAAGAAACCAAAAGCAAGCUCAUGGCAUGGUGGAUCCCAAAUUGAACCUGCCAAGAAGCUUGAUAUGAGCAACCAUUUGAUUGGACAAGAGAUUUUGUCAUUAGCUGAAACAGAUGUUCCCCCAGAAGAUCUUGUCUUUCACAAAUUUUAUAUGAAUAAAAUGAAUUCCUCAAAGAAACCAAAGAAGAAGAAGAAGAAGAAGAAGAAAGGCGCAGAGGAAGAAGCUGCUGAAGAAUUGUUUGAUGUGGGUGGCGAUGACGUGGAUGAUGAUUAUGUUGAUGGUGGUGAUGAAAGUGACAACGAAGAGAUUGAGAAUAUGUUGGACUCGGCCAAUCCUUCUCUAGAUGCAGACGGGGACUUUGAUUAUGAUGAUCUAGACCAAGUUGCCAAUGAAGAUGAUGAUGAUUUGAUUGGUGAUGCCAGUGAUGCAGAGAUGGACAUAACCUCAGAUGAUGCUAAUGGAGAAGAUUUUGUUGCCGCUGGCGGCGAUGGUAGGAUUGAUGAUGAUGCCAUUGAUAUUGGAAAUGCAGAUGAUGUUAGCGAUGGUGACGAUGAGUUUAAUCCAAGAAAAAGGAAACGAAAGUCUGGGAAAAAGACUUUGGCAUCUCCCUUUGCAAGUUUGGAAGACUAUGAGCAUUUGCUGAAUGAGGAUGGUCACACUGAUAAAGAAUCUACAAAAAAGAAAAAGCCCAGGCGAGGAAAAAGGAAGUCAUCUAAGUGAAUCCUGCUUUGCCUGGCUUCUUCACAAUCUCAUGGUUUGUUUAUGUGCCAGAGGACGACUCCGGUCGCUUAUAUGAAGGAAUGAACAAUGUUCCCAGCUAAUUUUUAACCUCAGGUGUGAAGCUAGAGCUGGUAAGUGAUUCCAGUAUUUGCACAGGAAUUGGCCCAAGUAAGAAAACUUAGUUUCUUAUCUACUACAUGCUAAUAUAUUUUAUUAGUUAUCUUGUACACAAACAUUAUAUGCUCGAUAGAAAUCUUGAUGUCAUUUUGACUAAUUCUCAAUCAAACAAAACCUGAAGGAGAUGUUGCAUUUUUCUUUUAA